GAUAAAAAUUAAAGGGACGGUGGGUGGGAAUCAAUAAAUAAAAUCCGCAAAAUCAAAUCGAAACAAAAUUCUCUCUCUAUAUCUGAAUAGAAAUAGAAUAGAUCGAUCAAAAGGCGAAAGUUAGAUGGGUUCAACAACAACAGCUGCUGCUGCUGCAAUCCUUCCAAUCUCAAAUCCCCAAACAACAACAACAUCAGAUCCGAUAGUAGCAACGCCUGCAUUCCGUGCGUUCAUAAGCAACAUAACAGAAAACGUAAGAUCUGGACUGUCCAGUCGGCGCCCCUGGUCUGAACUCGUGGAUCGAUCCUCAUUCUCCAAACCCGAUUCAAUUACAGAUGCUGCUGCCAGGAUCCGUAAGAACUACUCUUACUUCAGGGUUAAUUACAUCGCCAUAGUAUCUGCCGUCUUGGCCUUCUCCCUCUUGACGAACCCUUUCUCUCUCGUCACCCUCGCCGCCCUCGUGGCCGCGUGGCUCUUCCUGUACCUGUUCCGCCCAUCGGAUCCGCCGUUGGUCAUAAUGGGACGUACCUUUUCGGAGCGUGAAACCCUUGGGCUGUUGAUUGUUUCCAGCAUCGUGGUUGUAUUCAUGACGAGUGUGGGAUCUGUCUUGAUAUCGGCGUUGCUGCUCGGAUCGGCACUUGUGGCAGCGCAUGGCGCUUUCAGGACUCCCGAGGAUUUGUUCCUCGACGAUCAGCAUCAUCAUCAGGACCCCCUUAACUCUGCUUCCACCGGUUUCCUUACCUUCCUUAGCGGUGCCGCUGCCCCUGUUGCUUCUGCAGCUCGUGUCUGAUAGGUUUCUUUCAUCUCAUCCCAUUUAAUAUCAUACCCUUUAUUUUGUUUUUAUUUUUGUGUCCCCUGUCAAUUAGCCCUGUAAUAUGAAUUUUAUUAUGUGAAACAUAUGGAAUAUCUUAUUAUUA